CAUGCACCUUCGUUCAAUCAACCGUUCUCCGCAUCAAGCUUUACAAGGAACCACCAACCUGUGUCGGAAAACAAGUUGAGUUCUAUCGUCGCUCUACGGCGAAACCACGCACAAUGCUCGCCAUUCGAGACGAAAACAUCGUCAACGCAGCCCAAGCGGCGCGCCAGGCACAGGGAAAGGGACAUCUGGCCCCUAAGACGCCCGGAGCUCGCUUCCCGAAGACUCCGUCAAGAAUUGUUCCCAAUGACGAGAAUGCAGUUGGUGGAAAGACGGUGCUGGGGAAGGCCAAGGGGGGAAUGAACCACGCAGUCCCAGGUCGAAAUCUUGUUACACCAUCUGAAACGCAAGCUCGCGCACCACUCGGCAACAAGACCACGAACGCGAAGGCGAGGACCGGGCACCCCUUGGGAGUGAAAGAUAUCGUCAAAGAAUUCGAGCGGACGCAGACGAAACAGACGACUGUAAAGAAACCGAAACAGAAGGCUUCGACGAAUGACCCUCUGAGGGUUUCGGUACAUAACGGUCAGUCAACAGACGAGCUAGAUAUUGAAUAUGCGCCUCCGAAGCCCAGGGAAUUGCCAUACGAGUCGGACGUUUUCCCUGAUCGUCCCCUGACGUUCGAGGGUCUCAAACCAGGGAAUUUGUUCAAAGGAUACUAUAACCACUUCUACAACCCUAUGGGCGAGGACGGCAUGCGCCUGCAAGAUCGAAAGCACGAGCAAAGAAUGCGGAAAGCCUUAAAGCAGCACGACGUGGAUAUUCUGCGGGACAUUGAGGCCAUGGAUUGGUCCAUCUCGGACAUGCCAGAGCUUGACGAAACCACGGCAAAAGAAGCCGGGGAGAGCAACUAUCCACCCACAAUCAACUCUCGCAAGGCGGCAUCGGCUCUGUCUAUGCCCGUCGGUUCUACAGUCCGACAGCGCAAAGCAGCCGAGAGCGCACCAGCGCGCCGACCAGUAUCCUCUCUACUUCCCGGAAAGCGAACAAGCAAAGUCCCCAUUCCCACAAAGGCUGCUUCUGGGGACAGCGUCAUUUCGGAAGCUGUGUCUAGAAGCACACUUGGAUAUACCAAAGGGCGGUCGGCUUCCUCCUUGCUUACCAGAAAGGAAACCAGAACAGCAACAAGCCAGGCGACCGCAAGGUCGAAGCCCACGAGCGUCGACCCCAACGCCACUAUCGUAUGGGCGCCAGUGGGACCACAACAGAGCGAUGAGGAACAGGAUAGACGUGCAUUACCGCGCCUUGAAUUCCUCUCCAUCUUUGACCCGGAGGACGACGAACCGGGCGAUUUCGGGGCCGUGCCCGAGUUUGAUGACGAAGACGAAGAGUUCGAGCUGAAACUGGAGACCUAACUCGUCUUAUUCUCAACGUUGUAGACUAGUUGGCGUUUUGGGGGUAGGAAGCAUGUCUUUUUGUAUUAUGCUUGACAAAGUCAGUAUCAUUAAUUCCCAAGAUGAAGGCG